AUGGCGGCCAAGUGUGGUUUUGACAAUAAAAAGACCCUUACCCACGAGCUCCAAUCUCCUCUACCACGCAAACGAGCUCUCACCCUCCCAUUACCGGAAGAGCGUACCUGGAAACUAUGGCGGAGACGCCAAACCAAACGGCAGGAUCAGUGCCAGCUCUUGAAGAAACUACCUCCCGAGCUCCGGGAUAAAAUCUACCACUAUGUCCUUGGGGGUAAAAUCAUUCUUAUCGGGCGAGGGACUUCUAGACUGCACACUAAGUGGCUUCCAACCGAAGACGGGGACGGAGAUCCAACAAUAGACAAGGUUUCUGGCGUGAGGUUUCACAGAAUUCCUCUGCUUUUGACAUGUCGGGAGAUCUAUUCUGAGGCUAUUAAUAUCCUAUACUCUGGGAACACCCUUCAGCUCGACGACGGGGCACUCCCAGCCUUCGAGCUACCCGCCGAACUCAGAAAAGUGUUCGUGCCUCAGCGGUUUAACGCCAUAAGAUCCCUGGAUGUCAGAGUCAGGUUCUGGCAUUUCAGAGACUUGGAACUCUAUAAUAGGAAAUGCGAGUUGCAAAACUCUGACGGCUAUCGGGGCCCAAUUCCGGACAAUGUGUGGGAUGUCAUCGCUACAAUGAAGGGUCUGCGCAGACUCCUGGUGCGGUUUGGUGGCGUUGAGUUUGGGGGUCCCGCUGCACAGCCGGGACGCUUCACCUGGUUUACCACAGAGGAAUCUGCCUUGCAGCCACUGGUGAAGAUAGACUGGAUCCCGGAUUUCCGGGUGGAGGUGUCUUGGCCGGCGAAUCAUGACUCGGAGAAGGUUUUCCAACAUGCGCCAUUUCAAAUGGCGUGGGGUUGCGAGAUGCCUGACGACGCCUGGUGA